UUUCACCAAAUGCCCCUGAGGUUUACUUUAAUGCACCAAAUACCCCUAAACUUUCCAAAAUGCACCAAACACCCCUGACGUAUGCAAUAAUAUCAUUAAAUGCCCUUUUGUCUGACGGACGUUAACCCUCCGUUACCAUGUUUUUACCUUGUUGCCCUUACUUGUCCUUUCUGGCGCCAUAUCAAAAAAGAAAAAAAAAAAAAAAAAAAAAAAUUCAAAACCUAACUUCCCAACUUCUUCCUCGACAUUUCUCUCUGUUCUCUUACACCAUUAGAGAGCACUUGAGUACCAAACCAAAGAGAGAGAAAGAUCGAAAUUCGCUGGGAUUUGUGUAAAACAACUCGCAAUAGUUAGUCGAAGUAAAUCCCCACGAAAAGAUCGACAAUUUGGUCCAAAAAUCUGCAGUUUUCGCGAGUCCUACAAAAGUGGGUGCAAGGAGAGCAAAGGACUGGAAUUUGUGGCUUCAACUUCAUCAAAAUUGUGUCAAGGAUGGUCGCAAUUUGGUUGUUAUGUCAUUAUAAUGAUCGGAAUUUUGAUGUGAGGGUACAAGAUACUGAUGAAACGAACUACAUGGAUUUGGUUGAUGACUUGUUUGAUGAUUCUAUUAAGCAAGAUGUUCUGAUUCCCGAUUUAUUUAGAUUGUUUUAUGUUAAUCCUAGUACGAAUAAAAGAGUAGAAUUGUUGAAUGAUGUUGGUUUGAUGGGCAUGUGGGGUUUAUUUAAGCGCACAGAUACUGUGGAAAUAUGGAUAGAGAAGGCAAAUGAGAAGGAAACUUCAAUCCAAUUUAGGACUGCAGUUAAGAAAAGGAAGGAUAGGAAGGAAAGGAAGGCUGCAGAACUUAGAAGGAAAGCUGAGGAGUUUGAGAGGGAGAGGGAAGAGGAAAGGAGAAGGUUAGAAAGGGAGGCUGAGAUUCAAAGGGAUUUGGAGGAGCAAUUGGCAAACACAGUGGCAGUUGAGGUGCCUGUGUAUGAUGUUGAGGAUUUAAGCGUAGAGUACGUACGUGUUUACAGCUCACAACAUGCUGACUGCUUUUCCCCGGGAGGUUCCCAACCACCAAAUACACAAAAAGAGCCUUCACCACCACCAAGAGAGCCCUCACCACCACCAAAUGUUCCAUCACCACCAAGAGAGCCCUCACCACCACCAAAUAAUCCAUCACCACCACCAAGAAGUCCCUCACCACCACCAAAUAAUCCAUCACCACCACCAAGAAGUCCCUCACCACCACCAACCUCACCACAGACACAACCACAGCAACAACAACAACAGAAAGAACAUCAGCAACAACAACAAACAGAACAUCAACAACAACAACAAACAGAACAACAGCAACACCAACCCACAGAACAGCAGCAACAACAUCAAACAGAACACCAGCCAGAUCAGACACCCCCUCCUAACAGGGCUGAGUUAAACAAAGGGAGGGGUUUCAGAAUUUCCAGAAGUCAUGCUAAGAAGACGGGUGAGUUUGUUCCUAAGAAGAGGGGGGGAAGGCCUGCUGGUUCAAGGGUGAGGAAACCCACUGCAUACAAUGUGGAGGAAGAGGAGCAAUGGGAUGAUGAGAGUGAUGAUGAAAAUUUUGAGGAGAGUGAGAGUGAUAGUGAAACUGGUUUCAACUCCGACGAUUUCAUUGACGAAGAAAUUGAAGAAGAUGAAGAACAAGAUGUUCUUAAGGAGGUAAUUUCUGAGAGAAGUUUUGAGGAUCAUUUAGAUGGGAGUAAUAAGCUGGAUAAUUUGUAUGCAAAUGGGAAAGUUGUGGGAAGCAUGCCAUGGGGGACUAUCAAGUUGCAACCAUGGAUGAUAUUCCAAAGCAAGACACACUUCAUGGAGGUCUUCAGAGACUUCUGUAUUCAAGAGGGAUUUGCUGUGAGUGUUGAAAAGGCUGAUACAACCAGAUUCACUGCAAUGUGUCUGGUUGAGUCAUGCAAUUGGAGGAUCCAUGCCUGUGUGUUGUUGGAUGGGGUCAGUUGGGCCAUUAAAACUCUUGUCAGUGAGCACAAGUCUUGUGGGAGACUUGAGGAGAAUCCCAUGGUGACAUCUCAGUGGCUAUGCACCAAACUACUUCCUGACAUUGAAGCAAAUCCAGAAAUCCCAAUUAAGACACUUCAAAGAAAGGCAUUGGGGAUUUAUAGGGUACAAGUGAAACAGAGGUUGAUGUACAAGGUGAGAAGCCUCGGGAGGCAGCAAAUUUAUGGAGGUUUUGAUGAGUCAUAUGCCCUUUUACCAUCCUAUGCUGAAAUGAUCAAAUCUACCAAUCCUGGGAGUUAUGCCUUGGUCACUUGGACUGCAGAUUCUGGUAACGUGACACCCCGUUUCAAGGCUUGCUUUUUCUCCUUUGCUGCACAAGUUAGGGGUUUCUUAAGAGGUUGUAGGCCUAUCAUAGGCAUUGAUGGUGCACAUUUGAGUGGAUACUAUAAGGGAAUUCUCCUCACUGCAGUUGCUAUCGAUGGGAAUAAUGAGAUUUUUCCAUUAGCCUAUAGCAUUGUGAGUACGGAGAGUAUGGACACAUGGUCCUAUUUUUUCAGAAGUUUGAAGGCUUUGUUUGUUCAACAUGGGUGCCAGAGGGAUGACUGGACUUUUAUUAGUGACAGAAUGAGGGGAGUAGAAUCUGCUUUGUAUGAUGUUUUCCCCAAAGCAGUCAGGAGGGUCUGUGCUCAGCAUCUGUAUACCAACUGCAGACAAGCUGGAUACAGUGGCACAGCCUUCCAUGACUUGUUCUGGGUUGCUGCUGAUGCAUACAAUCCAUAUGUCUUCAACAAAGCCAUGGAAAAGAUUGGCAAACUCAUCCCAGAAGCAGUGGGAUAUCUUGACAAAGUGCCUGAACAGUGGUCCAGACACAAGUUUGAUGUUGGGGUCACUUGUGAUCACAACACCACCAACUUUGUGGAAUCCUUCAACGCGUGUACCAAACCCUUUAGGGAUCUUCCUGUUUUGUCACUUCUUGAAGAAAUAAGGUCUUGGUGCAUGACGAAGAUCGGGGCCAGAUUUGAUAAAGCUGUUGACAUUGGACCCGAUCAAUUGACGCCAUAUGCUACUAAGGAGCUUGAAGAGAGGAGUGCUGACUCGAGGUUCUGUUAUGCAACUAAUGCUGGGGGGGGUGAAUUUGAGGUUUUAGAUGGUCAUGUGAAGUUCCCUAUUAGGCUUGCUGCUAGAGUUUGUGGUUGUGGGAAAUGGCAAGGGUGUGGUAUACCUUGCAAGCAUGCUAUUAGGGUAAUAUACCAUCAAAGACUCAAUCCUACAGAUUUUGUUUCUCCUUACUUCAAAGGGGCAGCCUAUAAGCUCACAUACUCAGAGCAUAUUCACCCCAUGCCUGACUCAACACAGUGGCCUACAUUUGAGCUACCUAGGAUUCUUCCCCCACUAAUGAGAAGGGCAGCUGGCAGACCAGCCAAGCAGAGAAGAAGAGGUGCUCAUGAGAAGAAGAGGGGGAAAAGAAACACCACUGUCAAGUGUGGGAAAUGCAAGCAAAUUGGGCAUAACUCAAGAACCUGUAAAGGAGGUUCCACUGCAAAACAGAGGAAAGAAUCUGCUGCAGCUGCUGCUGGUUCUGCUGGUGCAUCAACAUCUAGUGCUAGGAAGAGGAAGGCUCCAACAUCUAAUGCAUCGAGCAGCAAGAAGUCCAAAGCUGCAUAACUAGAAGUAAGCUUAGGAUUCAGUUUAGUAUUUCUGUUUUAAAGCUUAGGUUUAUUUUGAAAAACAACUUAGGUUGUGGCACAUUUUGGCAUUUUUUUGUAAAGCUACCCACAACUUGAUGUUCGGUUUAUUUUGGAAACAAACUAUUUCAGUUACGAGUUCAAAGACUUGCAUAUUAUUGAUAAAUGAAAUUCAUGUGCUCGUGCCAUUACAACCAUCAUUGUUUGUCUUGAUUACUUCUUUACUACAAACAUUAGACACAAAAACAUUACAAUUCCUAUUUUAAUUGCUGCAGCUUGGAAUUUUUUGAGCUCUUUCACUCUUUUCUUCAGUUUCUUCAGUUCGUCACUUAUAUUGUCGUUGUCUUCCGAUGUUCCCUC